GCCUCGGGUACAGCGGAGUACUUGCGCAGCUACUGUGGUGCUAAGGGAAAGUACCUAGGUACCUAGUACCUUAGUGUCCUGUCGCGAUCCGAAAUUCAAUGUUGCGAUUAACAAAUGUCAGCAACUUCUCCCCCUCUUCAACAUCUUGACUGCGACCCAUACUUGGGAUUUCUGUAAUGGGCGGCUGAUUUAAGCUACUUACAGACUCUUACCGCUGUCCAAUUAUCAUUUAUAGUCUAGCUAUCUUUUUAUGUAUGUAGAACCCCCCUUGUCCUGAUAAGUCGAAACACGGUUCCCUCCAGGGGUUCGAUCCAGACCAGCUUUGGACCCAGACUGUGGCUCCGAAACGCAUCAUGUCAGGAUUGCGGCUUCUUCAGAAAGCGAAGACAUCUUCGUCUUCUCUUUUACCUACAUUUUUGCUGGUUUUAGCUGCAUUACCUAUGGCUUCCGCACACGAUCACAGCUCUACGCAUAUUGAGGAUGGCCAGGCCAUUUCGGUUGAUCCGAUUGACACGACGCUAUGGAUUCAUAUCUUCAUACAGAUGUUUGCUUGGGGCAUCAUCUUCCCCUUAGGGAUGGUUCUUGGGAUCGUCAAAUCCCGAUGGCACGUCCCCGUUCAGGUACUCGGCACAGCAUUGGCGAUCGUCGGAUAUGCCCUAGGUCAUAUGCACGGCGGUCGCGAGUUUCAGCAUUCCAACGUCCACUCCAAGUUCGCAUCGCCGAUUUCGUUACUACUCUUCUUUCAAAUUCUUAUGGGCAUUUACUUGAAACUACAUCUCGAGAAGGGCAUAAAUGGGAAGAUUAGACGGUUCGUGAAGAUUGGGCAUGGAAUAGUUGGUAAGGCAUUGCCUGUCCUCUCAUGGACGCAGAUGCUUUUCGGCGGUAUUACAGCUCUUGGUUUUUGCCAGGGUGAUCACGUCGGCCAAUGCCUAGCACAUUUUAUUAUGGGAAGCGCUUUCAUCGCUUACGGGAUCCUCUUGACGCUGCUAUUGCUGGUCGGGCAGCUUUGGCUAAGACGUACUGGACGUUCUCAAGAGUUCUUCGACAGUGCCGUCAUCGCUGCUUGGGGAGUAGUUAAUACCUUUACCGAACACCGAUGGGGAACUGAAUGGGUGAAGAACGACUGGCAGCAUACCGCAAUGGGUAUAAUCUGGUGGUCUGCAGGAUUGGCUGGAGUUUGGUUGAGCAAAGACCGUGAUGGCCGACCUCAGCGCAACUUCAUCCCAGGUUUCGUCCUCUUGAUCACCGGAUGGGCAAUGAGUGCACAUCCCCAAGAGUUGAUGAUCAGCGCCGAAACCCAUAAGAUGUUCGGAUAUACCCUCAUGGCGGCUGGUGUCACGCGUAUCAUCGAGAUAUCCUUUGUGCUUCGGGAUCGACCUGGCUCAUCCGAGGAUGGCCGCGAAACAACUAGUUUCCAAUAUGUCCCCGUCUUUUUGCUUUACGCCUCCGGAUUCUUAUUUAUGGGUGCUACGGAGGAGCAGAUGUCUCUAGUCGCUUCUUCAGGCAUGGACCAUGUUGCCUAUAUCUUAAUAUUGUAUUCCCUCGCCUUCUUACUCUUCCUCUUCGUAAAUGUCCUUGUCGGCGUCUACGACCGGAACAGUGCUCCGACCCUUCCUGAUAAAGAAGUAGCAAAUGGUAGAUUAGGGCCCCGAGUAAACGGCAAUAUACCAGUGAGGGAUGCCCAGGAGUUUGAGUUGGAAGGUUUAAUGAGCGAUGACGAGGACGAUAGUGCAAGACGACUGAGAGAUGAUGACAGCGGCUUGAACAGCCCAAGCACUGUUGGCAAAAACAGUAAUGGGGUUGUCCACUGAUCAUUGUGAGAUUCAGUCAAGCAGAAAAUCUAUACGAUAAUAAUGACGGCUGGCUUAAAGGGAGAGAUAUAUCAUUAUGGUUAUUGCAUAGACCACGGGCGUUUGGACUGGAGGUUUUGGGGGGUAGCUCAAACGAAUUACAUUUAAGUAAAAAAGCCACGCCAUUCAAGGUGU